AUGGCCUCUGUUACAAAUAAUAUACCAAUAUCAAAUGCACUUGUCACAUCUACUCGUUUUACUGAUGAAUAUGAUCUUAAAGAAGAACUUGGCAAAGGUGCAUUUUCAAUUGUAAGACGAUGUAUACAAAAAAGUUCCGCACAAGAAUUUGCUGCAAAAAUUAUUAAUACAAAAAAAUUAUCUACCCGAGAUCAUCAAAAACUCGAUAGAGAAGCUCGUAUUUGUCGACAAUUAAAACAUCCUAAUAUUGUUCGUCUUCAUGAAAGUAUUUCGGAAGAAGGUUUUCAUUACUUAGUAUUCGAUUUAGUCACCGGUGGUGAAUUAUUUGAAGAUAUUGUUGCACGAGAAUUUUAUAGUGAAGCAGAUGCUAGUCAUUGUAUUCAACAAAUACUUGAAGCUGUCCGACAUUGUCAUGAAAGUAAUAUUGUACAUAGAGAUUUAAAACCUGAAAAUCUUUUAUUGGCUAGUAAAACAAAAGGAGCAGCUGUCAAACUUGCUGACUUUGGUUUGGCUAUUGAAGUCAAUGGUGAACAAACACAGUGGUAUGGCUUUGCUGGAACCCCAGGUUAUCUUAGUCCUGAAGUUCUUAAAAAAGAACCCUAUGGAAAACCAGUUGAUAUAUGGGCAUGCGGUGUUAUUCUAUACAUUCUUCUUGUUGGUUAUCCACCAUUUUGGGAUGAAGAUCAACAUCGUUUAUAUAAUCAAAUAAAAGCUGGCGCUUAUGAUUAUCCAUCACCUGAAUGGGAUACAGUCACGACUGAAGCGAAACGUUUAAUUGAUUCAAUGUUAAAUAUUAAUCCUAGUAGACGUAUUAGUGCUACAGAUGCUCUCAAACAUCCAUGGAUUUGUCAACGAGAACGCGUUGCUGGUACAAUUCAUCGGCAAGAAACCGUCGACUGCUUACGUAAAUUUAAUGCACGACGAAAAUUAAAGGGAGCCAUUUUAUCAACAAUGUUUGUCAAUCGUACAUUGAUACCUAAAGCAGAUGCGAGCUCAAAUUGA